AUGCCGUCCCACGGAGAGCGAAAUAUGGAGCACGGAAGCGAUGCUUACGCUGCCACCUUCAACCAGGGCCAUCUAGCCCUCCCACCUAGCCAGAGAUACACCAUUGUUACCUGCAUGGAUGCACGAAUAGACCCAACAAGGGCAUUCGGAAUACCACUCGGAGCCGCCCAUGUCAUCCGCAACGCAGGCGCUUCUGUACGCGACGCCUUUCGAUCCAUCAUCAUCUCACAACAACUGCUCGGCACAAGGGAAGUGAUGAUUGUCAAGCAUACCGGAUGCGGCAUGCUCACAUUCGACAACCCCACUGCCAAAGCCAUCAUUUCCAAGAAGAGGGGAGAGGUAGCCGCAAGAGAAGUGGAGCACAUGGACUUUCAGCCCUUCCACAACCUGGAGAUCCAGGUCAAGAAGGAUGUACAAUGGCUGCGCAUCAAAGCAGUAGAGGAAAACAUUCGUUUCAGUGGCUGGAUAUACGACGUGGAGACGGGGAAGACAAAGCGGAUAGUCUAA